AAGCUUCCUUGUGUUUUGUUGAUGAAAUAGGGCUCGAGAUAGGGCACCUUCAUAGGGUUGUGUGUGUACUCGGAAGCGCAGCAUGUUUAUGGAAAAGAGCACAUGACGUUACCAAAAAAAUUAUAGUUCAUUUAUACAUUAUAAGCCAACAAGAUUUAUAGCAAAUGUUUAAAUUGCUUUAUCAUCUGAAUUAAGAUUAGAUCUUUCACCUAUUGCGGAGAAAAAGAAAAUUUAAGUGGACCAACAUGCUUCUUUGCAGGUCGCUGCGUCUCCGGCCGGACCAAUCAAGAUAAUGCUUACUCUUUAGGGUUUGGCCUAUAGACUGGUCUAGUCCCGCUCUUCUUCCAAAUUCUCUAGCGUCUGGGAUAAAACAAAUGGCUAAUCAGCUGCACAGCUACAACUCCGCCUAUGGUGCGGUGUCUGCCUCUGCCACUGCCACUGCGGUUCCAUCUCUUCCCACCACGUACUCGACUUCCCGUUCCCUUUCCGACAUCGUCUCCGGCCGUUAUCUCCUGCCAGACUCGCUGUCCUCCGGUAUCUCCAUUAAGCACUCUGUUACUGAUCGUGGUACCUCCAUGUAUUCGACUCAGAAAGAAGGCCCUAUGUUGUCGUCUGCCGACAUUGUUCCGAGAACGUCGCAUUUGGUCUCUCAAUUCUCUUGGCCGGGUUCUCACGUUGCAGCUGCGCUUGACUCUGUUGUUUCUGGCAUCAAACGUUCUUCUGACGUGCUCUACGAUCAGACUGUUUUGGGUUCCUAUAACACUUUGGGGCAAAGUGAAGCCUGGUAUACUUCAAAUUCUUUAGCCAAGCGUCCUAGAUUUGAAAGUACAAGCAAUUUGCCUGUAUAUCCACAGAGGCCAGGAGAGAAGGACUGUGCCCACUAUAUGCUCACAAGAACCUGUAAAUUUGGAGAUAGCUGCAAGUUUGACCAUCCUAUUUGGGUUCCUGAAGGUGGAAUCCCAGAUUGGAAAGAGGUCCCACAAAUAGCUAAUAGUGAAGAUCUCCCAGAAAGACUUGGGGAUCCAGAUUGUCCAUACUUUCUGAAAACUCAAAGAUGUAAAUUUGGUUCAAGAUGCAAGUUCAAUCACCCUAAAGAUAGAUCUGAUUCUGUGGGUGCUGAAAAAUCUGAUGCUUCAUCAUUACCUGAGAGACCUUCUGAGCCACUGUGUGCAUUCUAUGUUAAGACUGGAAAUUGCAAAUUCGGUAUCAACUGCAAGUUCCAUCACCCAAAAGAUAUCCAAAUUUUAUCGGGGGAAGAAUAUGGAAAUAGCGAACAAACUUUGAUGGUGAAGACAGAAGAAAGAGCUGGAGACUUCAAGCUUGUUAAGCCUCCUAUUUCGUUGUCACCAGCCAUAAUGCACAAUUCUAAAGGACUUCCGAUUAGACCGGGUGAAGUGGAUUGUCCAUUCUACUUGAAAACUGGCAGUUGCAAGUAUGGUACCACUUGCCGCUACAAUCACCCUGACAGAAAUGCAAUCAAUCCAUCUACUCCUGCAAUGGUUCAUCCUGCUAUGGUUUCAACUGCUAAUAUGAAUACUGGAUUUGUUAAUCCUUCUAAUGCAAUUUAUCAAGCUGUUGACCCCAGAUUGAUUCAGCCAUUGUUGGGAUCUGGCUCAAGUAUUUACCCUCAACGACCUGGGCAGAUAGAAUGUGACUUUUAUAUGAAGACUGGGGACUGUAAAUUUGGGGAACGCUGCAAAUUUCAUCACCCUAUUGAUCGGUCAGCACCAAAGCAGGGUGCUCUACAUAAUGUGAAACUAACACUGGCAGGACUACCGAGGAGAGAGUUUGUUCGACUUGAGGGGUCCGACAAGACUGGAAACCGUGUUGUUGGAAAGUACUUCCCUUCUGUGGUUGUAAGUGGAGAUUGAAGAGAUAUAUCUUCUGCCUUACCAUCUUGAGGUGGAUUUAUGAAGAACUUCCAUCUGAUUACAAGGAUAGACUUCAAGUUCUCUACUUUGUACAUCCCGGUCUCCGUUGGAGGCUUGUUUUGGUGACUUUUGGCCAUUUUUUCCUAAGUGGCAGAUUGUUCUGGAAAAUCAAGUAUGUGAGCCGCCUUCAGUAUCUUUCAGAAGAUAUAUAAAAGGGAGAGGUUGAGAUUCCUGACUACGUAAAAAGUCACAAUGAAGUUCUUGAACACAGAUCACUAACUGAUUAUGGCAUUGAACCCGAUUCCCUCAAUGUCAUGGAGGUACCUUAUUGUGCAAACUCCUUUGGGAGAUACGAGGAGAGAUGGAUGUCAAGGCAGUACAUGGCAUAGUGAGCUUGGUUAAAGAAGUUGUAUUUGAUCUUAGGCAACUCCAAGGCCUAUGAUCAAUUAAGCCAUGGCUAAACAAUAAAAUAUCUGUAGUCUGAUUGUGCUUUGUUGUGUAGCUUGAUUAGCAACUUCUUUAACGUUGCUUGUAAACUAAAGGGGAUGCUGUUGUGUACUGCAUAGGUCGCAUAGGUUGGUCUUUAUGAUUCUGUUUCUUAUUAAACUAUGAGAAACAUUCUGUAAGGCCCCCAAUUGUCCAUACAUAUAAAAGAAGGGGCAAAAAGGUAAAUGUACAAGCAUCUAAUGAUGAGGGAAUGAUAGAGAAAGAUCGUGCAAGUGGGGCUCACGGGGAGGAAUGAGAGGUAGAGAUAUAAAUAUGUCUUUUUGGGAAUGGAUAGGUAGGUUUUAUUUUGAUCAUCAUUUGAUACUGCUGUGGCCUGAGAAUAUUCAGCUUGCUUUAAGAAGGCUGGGUGUGUUUUCUGGUGUCUUUUCUUUGUUAUUUUCAUAUUGUGACUACUGUAAUCACUCUUUUUGGCAUAUAUAAAUAAAGUAUAUCAGAGUGCUGCCUCUGUUUUGCCA